AUGGAAAAUACAAGGAUUAUUAUAAUUGGAGCUGGAUGUUCGGGAAUUUCUGCGGCAUCAAAACUAAUUGAGAACGGAUUCGAAAAUGUGCUAAUUUUAGAGGCUGAAAAUAGAAUUGGAGGUAGACUGUACACUAAGGAAUUCGCUAGCUCAGUCGUUGAUCUUGGAGCUCAAUGGUGUCACGGAGAAGUGGAUAAUUCAGUCUAUGACUUAGUUAAAGACUAUAAAAUACUUGAUGAAUCAUCAAUUUCUUAUCCAAAUGUAAGUUUCUUGAGAUCAACAGGACAAUCAGCUGAUAAUGAAAAGUGUGGACGAUUAGUUAUGCUUUGUUCUGAUAUUUUGGACAAUUGCAAUGAAGAUCUUAAGGAUUCAAACGGUUCAUUAGGAAGUUACUUUGUUAAAAAGUAUCAGGAAGCAUUGGCAUCACCAGAAUUUACUGACAUUGAUGCUGAAACAGCCACUGAACUUUUGGAAUAUUUUCAUAAAUUUGAAAAUUCAAUUGAAGCCUCAGAUACUUGGUAUGACACUUCUGGAAGUGGAUAUUUACAAUAUUGGGAAUGUGAUGGACAUCCAUUGUUAAAUUGGCGUGAUAAAGGAUAUGGUACUGUGCUGGAUUAUAUCAUGAAGAAGAAACCAGAUCCAGCAAAUGACUUGAAAGUUGAAAAUAAGAUCAAGUUUAACAAGGAAGUAGCUAAUAUUGAUUGGAAUGAUCCAGCUAGAAACCAUAUUGUAGUAUCGUGUAAUGAUGGAAGUUCAUAUGAUGCCGAUCACGUCAUUGUGACUGUUUCUUUAGGUGUUUUAAAGGAAAACUAUAAGAAAAUGUUCAACCCAAAACUUCCAGAUCUGAAGAUUAAUGCUAUUGAAGGCUUAUCGAUUGGGACUGUCGAUAAAAUCUUUUUAGAAUUCUAUGAGCCAUUCUGGCACAAUGACUGGGCUGGAUUUAGUCUAUUGUGGACAAAAAAAGAUUCUGAAGAAAUAAGGAAGACACCAAAUGCAUGGCUUGAAGAUAUUUUUGGCUUCUAUAAAGUUGAUUAUCAACCUAAUAUUCUAUGUGGCUGGAUUGGUGGUUCAUCAGCACGUAAAAUGGAACAACUGGACGAUGAAACUGUUAUGAAUGGAUGUAUGUACUUGUUUGAGAAGUUCUUGAGCAAGACAAUGAAAUUUACCAAGCCUGUUAAGAUGCUUAGAUCAAAUUGGUAUACUAACAAGCAUUUUAGAGGUUCUUAUAGCUUUAGAAGCAUUACUACUGAUUUACUUAAGACAUCAGCUAGUCAUUUAGCCAUGCCACUUCAUGAUGCUUUGGGAAAACCUGUUUUAUUAUUUGCUGGCGAAGCUACACAUGAUCAUUACUAUUCAACUGUUCAUGGUGCACUUAGUGCUGGAUAUCGUGAGGCAGACAGAAUUGUCAGCUACUAUACAAGCAAAAUUAAUCCAGAAAUAUUAAUUAAUUCAUUAAAUGUGCCAAAAGAGGAUUAUUACGAUGUAAUUGUGCUAGGUGCUGGAAUCAGUGGAUUGGGUGCUGGACAUGUGCUGAAAAGUUCAAAUCUUAAUUUUAUAAUCCUAGAAGGAUCAUUCAAGGUUGGUGGACGAAUUUAUACCUUAAAUAUGAAUAGUUUAAAGAAUGGAAGUAAAGAUGGACCGAAAUGUGAAGCUGGUGCACAAUGGCUGCAUGGGAAAAAUAAUAAACUUUAUCAAUAUGCUGAAAAACUUAAUUUUAUUCGUCCAGAAUUGUCAGAAGAAGCAGAAGGCGAUUAUAUUCGAGAAGAUGGAACUAAAUUUGAGGAAUUUUUUGUCCGUAAAGUUGAUUUUAAAAUUGGACAGCUUCUGGAGGAAUGUGAAGAACUUGUAAGUCACAAAAAUGAUCCAAAUUAUAAAUUUCCAUCGUCAAUAGCUGAAUAUGUGGAGAAAAAGUUUGCAGACUUUGUUAAAACCUUAGAAACAAAUGAAGAGAAAAGACAAGCUAUGCAGCUUCUUGAUUGGCAUAGAAAGUUCCAAAUAAUUGACAAUUCAUGCUCAAGUUUUAAUGACAUUUCAGCCAAAGAUUGGGGAAAUUACUCGUUUAAUGGAGAGAGCUGUCAAACUCAUAUUAAUGUCACUGAAGGAAUGGGAAAAAUUGCAGAUAAACUUUAUGAGGAACUAAAAUCAAACAUAAAGUGCAAUCAAAUUGUUGAUUUUAUUUACUGGAAGUGCGAAGAAUAUCCAGGAAGAUCGAAUGUUAUUAAAAUAACUUGCAAAGAUGGAUCUACUUAUUGCACAAAUAAUUUAAUCUGUACCUUACCAUUGGGGAUUCUUAAGAAAAAGCAUAGCAAAAUGUUUAAUCCACCACUUCCAAUGAAGCACCAAGAAGUUAUUGAAAAUAUUGGAUUUGGGGCAAUCAAUAAGAUUUUCAUUCAUUUCGAUAACAAAUGGUGGGAUGAUGAUUGGAAGGGAUUACAAUUGUUAUGGAAUGAAGACUUAAAUGAUAAUUCACAUUGGACAAAAUUCAUUUCUGGAUUUGAUGUCGUCUAUCCAGCUCCCGAAAACACUUUAAUUGGCUGGAUUGGCGGGAAAGGAGCUAUAGAAAUGGAGAAAUUAAGUGACAAAGAAAUUGCAGAUAAUUGUAUGAAAAUCAUUAAGAAAUUUUUAAAUCGAAAGGAUAUUCCAAAUCCAACGCACUUCUACACAUCUCGAUGGCAUACAGAUGAAUUUACUGGAGGGGCUUAUAGCUUCACAAUUUUACCGCUGAACUCGUUGGAUAAGUAUGAAAAGUUUGUAAUAAAUUAUUGCAUAAUGUCAGAAAAAGUCGGUAAAGUUUUGCGUCGAAAAAGUUCGAUGACUAAUUCGAUACAAGAUAUCGAGCUGGAAGUGCUCAAACAGAAUAUUUCCAAUAAGCAUAAACAGAUGGUUACUGAAAUUGAUGAAAAAUUGGACAAAAUUUUCGAUGAUUUCCUAAAUGAAGUCAAUAAGUUGAGCUUGAAUCGAUUCGAAGUUGAGAAAUUAUUCGAGGACGAUAAAAAUGGAAAACCACGAAACAGAAAAAAUGCAGAAAAGUCUAGAAAUGAUGACAGAAAGAAGUCAAAAAAAGUUGAUACCAAAAAAUUACCAUCGAAAUUACCAGAAAAACAUUUUCAGCCACGAAAUUCAAUGCUCACAGACUUGUUCGAAAUUAAACACAUCAAUACGAUCUAUCAUAUCUUUAUCGUUAUCUUUAACCUUCUACUUCUAAAUGUUUUCGUAUCAGACUUUGCUGAUACAGGAAAAAUUAAUAUUGGAUUACGACCGAUUAGAUCAGGAUUUAAAGGACUUCAUUAUUCCCUCUUCAUUUGGUGUCUCAUGCAAUUGACAAUCUUUUUAUUAUAUCCAGCAUUUAAACUAUGGGCAUACGUCACAACAAAAUACUUUUUCAAACGCGGAACGAUGACAAAUUUAUGGCAUUUUAUCGGAGUCUUAUCAGUAAUUGGAUUCCAGAGUACAUUCAUUGCUGGAUUUACUUACACUAUUAUACAAUUUGAUUUGGGACAAGCAUCGGCAGUUGCUGUAUUAAUGGAACUUGUGAGAUUCAUUAUGAAGUCUUAUGCCUUCAUUCGUACCAAUGUUCCACGAGUGAUUUAUCAAAAAAAGAAGGCUAAGUCAUCGGACGAAAGUGAAUUGGAUUAUGAAGAGGAUAAAAAUAGUGACGACACAGAAGUAAAGGAAGAAGUCAAACUGCCCGAGUCAGGAAGCCCUAAAGUUAAUAAUAAACGCGUAUUGACAACAUUUAAGCAAUAUACUUACUUCCUAUUUGCACCGACUCUUGUGUAUCGCGAUGAAUAUCCACGUUCUAAACACAUUCGAUGGAACUUUGUACUUAAAUGCCUUAUUGAAGUAAUAUCCAUUAUUUUUAUUAUGAGCUUCAUAUCCGAGAGAAUCAUGUAUCCCGUCUAUAAUCAAUUUGGAUCACAAUUUUACGAGGUUGGUGUGAAGGAACUUAUAGCAUCAGUUUUCAAUGCCAUGCUUCCUGGUCUUCUUUGCUUCUUAUGUGGAUUUUAUUGUGUUUUACAUUCAUGGAUGAACGCAUUUGCCGAAUUCUUGAGAUUCUCCGAUCGAAUGUUUUACCGAGACUGGUGGAAUUCAACAAACUUUUCAGUCUAUUAUCGUACAUGGAACGUAAUUGUACAUGACUGGCUUUAUUUGUACGUCUACAAAGAUUUAUAUCUUUAUGUGUUCAAAAAGAACCGAACUGUGUGUCAAUUUUUAGUGUUCCUCUUAUCAGCAGUCUUCCAUGAAUAUAUUUUAGGAUUCACCUUCAGAUUUUGCUAUCCAAUUUUAUUUAUCGAGUUUCAAGGAGCUGGCGUGCUUCUAUUUUUCGCAUUACGUAAAGAUUUAAAGACAAUUGGAAAUUGUAUGAUGUGGAUGUCAUUAGCAAUCGGAAUGGGAUUAUUAUUGAGUCUUUAUCACAUGGAGUUUUAUGCAAGAGAAAAUUGUACUUUUGAUAGAGAGAAUUGGCUCAAUUAUUUCAUACCGAUAAGUUGGAGCUGUAAUGGAUUACGAUACAGUGAUAAUUGGGAAGUCAAGAUACAUUUUUAA